UUAUAGGCCAACUUCAAGUUCCAUAAAUGUCAGUUGUUUGAAAUUCUGCGUUCCUCUUUGCUUUUGAGUGUAAAUUUCGUUUGUACUUCGGGUUAUCAUGGAAAACACGCACUUACAAAAUCAUCACAUACAACAACAACAACAAGAGCCAAAACAAUCUACACGAGACAUAAAUGAUGUAGGUGACUUUGACUUAAGAAGUAACGAUGCCGUUACAGAUAUAUUUAAACCAAUUAAAAGAUUUUCAAGGCGCUGUAAAAUAUGUCGAAAAAGAUUUCAGAAUAUAGAGACUUUAAGAACGCACGUAAACUUUCACAGAAAAGUAAAAAAGGAUAUAAAUAAUGUACAUCGUAAUUAUUUCUGUCGUUUGUGUAACACAAGUCAUUAUGGUCUACAAUCUUUCCUUGAACAUCAAAAGGUGCACCAGCCUCGUUUUAUUUCCAACGAUUUCUUGUCAAUUGAUGAUAACACAACCUUGCCGAUACAAAAUGCAGGCCAUGGUUCUAAUGGUGGUGAACAGGUUUUACUUCGAACGCACAAUGGUGACAUUCAACUAGCUAUUAUUUCUUCAAAUGGACAUUUAAAGGAUGCUUCAGGUACUACUAUAUCACCAGGGUUUAUUAGCAACUUUCAAAAUGUUGUUUCAUCAAAUGCCAAUCUUCUACCAGAUGUUAUGCCCGGAUGUACUAUUGCACCUUCAAAUCAAGCAGCAUUGCCUGCUCCAAGACAGCCUUCCUUAACUGCUUCAAAACCAAACAAUGAUGGAUUACAUAUUGAUGUACCAAAUCAUGUAAGAGCAAUCUAUUUGAAUGGAGACAACUCAAAUAUAAAUAUUCUUACCAAACAGUUAGAUAUUUUAAACAAUAAAGUGGAUUGCUUAUUAAAACAUUUUAACCUUUCUGUUGAUAAAGAUGGCAAUCUUAUUGCAUCGACAGGAUCACUUGACAUUAACCUUGACAAGAGCCUGAAAGAUGAAUACUCGUCUUCAGUCAGCUGUAAUUCAGAAGGGUAUCCUCCAUCCUAUUCUGUAAUACAGGCAUCAAAGGAACAACAGCAGCAAGAGUACUAUGCUUUGACCCUUAGUAGUCGACAACUUCAUCAUGGUUUAAAAGGUGGCAUUCAAAUUAUAAACCAAUCUCCUGAAAAUAUUAAAAUUAAUCAGAAGUCUACCAAAGGAGUCGAGCUCUGGGUUCCAUCACAGCAGUAUUUGAAUCAGUUAGCAACAUUAGAAGACCAAUCGCCUCAGCACGGUGUCAUUACUCAAGAUAUGACAUCUAGUUCGUUUAUACCAAAUCAACUAAUUGAAAAGGUUUAUGUGGAGAGUCGUAGUCGUGCCAACUUUGCUAAGAAUUUGACAUUUGCAAUAUUUUCUGCUGAAGAAAGACAAGGUAAAAAUUGCACUGGUAGAGUGUUUGGUAAAGCUCAACUUAAAGGACAACUUGAUCAGACUAAACUACAAAUGGUGAAAGAAGCAACAUUUCGUAAAUAUCCGUGUCCAACUGAACAUAUAGAUAUGGCAUGGCGUAAAGAGUGUAUAACUGCUAUAGACUCUGGUCUUCGAAAUGAACAUCGAUCUUCUCGAUCUGUAGCAAUACAGUCAAAUAACGAAGAAUGUUCACGCGCAGGUAAAAACACGUGACAAUGCCAAAUAAGGCUUCUUUACUUGCUUAAGCUCAUAAUAAUAAAAAUUCGAAUCUUAAAACUAUGCUGCGGGUGUUAAAUAAUAAAAUUGGCUUUAGGAAGGAAGGCGGGGAGGACGGGUUUUACUGAAGUUUUACUGAAAACAUAUUUAUAUAUAAUAUUUUAUUUUAUUUUUUUCAAAAGUAUUAAACAGAAAAGGAUAUUUUCAUCUAAA